AUGAAGUACUACAGUUACCCUGUGUCUCAGACUGUGGGACUGGGCGCCUUCCCCCGGGACAAGUACAGAAGCUCGGCUUCGCAGAAGUGCCUCCGCAGCGUCCAUUUCUCUCACGACGUCGUCUUCCAAGAUUAUGUACGGCACGGUGAGCUGGAGAGGAUCAAAUGCUUCAUCCGCGCCAAGAGAGUCCGCCUGGACACCAUCUACCCCUCCGGUAUGGCGGCCAUCCAUGAGGCAGUUCUGUCCGGGAACCUGGAGUGUGUGGAGCUCCUGGUCCGCUACGGAGCAGACAUCCACCAGAGGGACGAGGAAGGGUGGACGCCGCUUCACAUGGCGUGCAGUGACGGCUUCCCUCACAUCGCACGCUACCUUCUCUCCCUUGGCGCCGACCCAAACCUGGAAAACGACAACAUGGAGAAGCCCUCGGACCUCAUCGAGCCAGACAACAAGGAACUGCUGGACCUAUUCGGCCCGGUCGUCGACGGCUGAGAAGCUCUGAGGUUCCGUCUCUCGACUCGGAGACGGGCGGUGAAGCCCCGACGAGUUCGGCAUCUUGAAGCGGAGAGCUGCCUCGACUGAGGAGGCGACGGCGGACGCCCGACGAAAGGAGGCCAGACGGAGCUGGCUGCAUCCUUUGGUAGACCUCCAGGAACCAGCUCUGGUUUUUAUGCUGCGGUGACUUUCAACCAACACUUUGGUCUAAUUUGACAUGAUACUGGAGAAGGUGGACAAGACACAGGUUGUGGCUCACAUGAAAUACGUCCAUCAGUGCACUUCAAUAAGUACACUGUCCUCAAGUCACAAUUUUUACCUGCUUCUUCUUCCCCUCCUUUUUCUUGUACCCAUUGAGCGUUAUUUCCCGCAUCUGCUUCGCUUUUAUCCUUCUUCGUGGGGACAUUGUCGAUUGUCAUGUCAUGUUCGGAUGUACAUUGUGGACGCCAUCUUUGCUCCACAGUAAGUCAUUGCUGUCGUCCGGCAUUGUGUUUUUGUUUACUUUGUAGCCAGUUCAGUUUUAGUUUCGUUCUGCGUAGCCUUCCCUAAGCUUCAAUGCCUUUUCUUAGGGGCACUCACCCUUUGUUUAUUUUUGGUUUAAGCAUUAGACACCUUUUUACCUGCACUCUGCCUCCCACUGUUUCCGACAUCUACAAAGCAAUUAGCUACCUGCUGCCACCUACUGAUAUGGAAGAGUAUUACACGCUGCCGAGCUCUACACAGCACCGACACUCAACAACAACACAUAAUUUGCAGACUAUAAUUACUGGUUUGCAAAAAAACAUUUUUAACCCAAAUAGGUAAAAUUAGAUAAUCUCCCACGGCACACCAGACUGUAUCUCACGGCACACUAGCGCCGCGGCACAGUAGUUGAAAAACACUGCUUUACACUAUGAAGUAAAGGAAAACAUGACAGAUUUGUAAUUCUAUUUAAGUGACUAAUGACAGGUUAUAUGAUUAUUUAAAUUCAUAUUCUGGCCACUUUAUAGUGAAUUUGUUAGCACUUUUUUGGGGGGAAAAGGACAACUAACUUUUUUUUUUUUUUUUUUUGGUUGAGUGGUUAUGUAGAUAUGUUGUAGAUAUAUAUCUUUAGAAAGUCCAACAUCUAAUUUAGGUUUUUACAUGUUUUUUAAAUAGCUGGUCUCAACCAAGUUCAUGCAAUAAUUUGUAUUUUAGUGAUUUGAUUUUUAUUAAGGAUCCCCAUUAGCUGGUUGCCUCAACAACCCACUAGUCUUCCUGGGGUCCACAAUUCAAUACAAUUACCAGUAGAGCAUAUAAUUAUAACUACACAAUAUAUAAAAAAAAUAAAAGCAUCAAUAAAAAACAAGCAAACAAUUUACAGUCACAGAAUAAUAAUUACCAUAUUAAUAUAACUACACAAUAUAAAACCAAACAAAUCAAUGAGCAAACUAAUUUAAAAACUCAGAUAAAAUAUUACUCUCUUUUUAAAAACCUGUUUACUUUCAAUGCUGGUGAGAAUUCAAGGCAGGUUAUUCCAGAGCGAUAAAGAUCUAUAAAUAAAAGUUUUCCGCAAAGCAUUCUUCCUGGGACGAGGGAGUACAAAAUGCCCCUCACUGGAUGCCCUGGUAUUGUGAUUAUGUAUAGUGCUACUGUGAACUAUUUGGGCCAUGAGAAAAGCAGGAGUUUUACUACCGGUUACUGAUUUGAACAAUAUAAGAGUAUUAGCCUAGAAUUUGGUGCGCCAGCCUUGGGUGUAACGAUACAAGGAUUCGGAAUCAGAUUUUUCAGUAGAGAACAUUCGAUAUGGGAUGUAAUUCUGAUUUUUCAACAUGACAAUAAAUAAUUUUUAAAAAUACACUAAGACGUGCCAUUUUUGGUUUGCAGGUGCCAUUUUUUUGUGUGGCAAUUACCACUUUGUGGCUGUGUCUCAAAAAAAAAAACUUUUGUCAGUACACAUUGUUAAGAAAAUAAUAUAAUUAUGUCUCCAAGGCUGUACUACUUUUACUUCCAUUGCUGCCCCCAAGCUAAUGUGUGCCAACUUUUCCUACAAGGAGAAGAAAUUAUAAAGGGGAAAAAUGGAAAUAAUGAAAAUCUCUCAAGAUAAAGCUAGUGCAAGUAAUAAAUUAGAACGCACCCUUUAUGAGAAAUUACAAUCAUUAAAUGAGAAAUAGAGUGACGAUUUUUUUCAAAUAACUGAUAGCCUGCCAAAAGUUAUUUUUGUAAUUAAAAAAAAAGAUUGAGUAUGUAAGUUUGUAAUUGG